GCUCAGCCGCUGGGCCUUUCCCCAUUGGCUGCGGUCGCCCCUGCUCCGCUUUCUUGCUCAGUCUCGGCGGCCCCCAUGGGGCCCGCCUGGGCUGAGCUACCUGGCUGGGCUGGGCUGCCUCCAUUCCCUCCUGGCCGCCUGCUCUCUGCUGCUGCACCCUGCCCGUCCCCCGCCAGACCUCAGCAGAACCCAAAUGGCAGCAGCAGGAGGAGGAGGGAAAGGAGGCUUCCGUCGUGGGUCCCCUUGGCUGCCCCUCCUCGUCGCCCUGCUGCUGGGGGCUGAGCUUGUGCAAGUGGAGGACAUCCUGUCACAGGUGUCCUUUGUGCAGAGGACGCUCAGCUCUGAGGAGGGACCCGGGGAGUUCAUGUUUGAAUUUGAUGGGGACGAGGUUUUCUAUGUGGACCUGGACCAGAAGCAGGUGAUCUGGCGGCUGCCCGAGUUCCAGGACGUCACCACCUUCCAGGCAGAGAAUGCUGAGAGCAAUGUAGCUGCCCUUCGCUAUAACAUGGGCGUCCUCAUGAAGCGAUCCAACUACACUCCUGCUGAGAAUGUCCCUCCCAAAGUGACGGUGUAUCCAGAGAAGCCGGUGGAGCUGGGGGACCCCAACAUCCUCAUCUGCUUGGUGAACGCGUUCUCUCCUCCCGUGGUGAAUAUCACAUGGCUGAAGAAUGGGCAGGAGGUGAUGGGAAGUGCAGCCGAGACAGAUUUCUACCCCAACAAGGACAACACCUUCCACAAGUUCUCCUACUUGACUUUCAUCCCAGGCGCAGACGACAUUUACUUCUGCCGGGUGGAGCACUGGAGCCUGGAGCAGCCCUUGGUGAAGGAAUGGAAUCCCAACACGCCAGAGCCCCUCCCGGAAACUGCAGAAGACCUGGUGUGUGGCCUGGGUCUGGCUGUGGGCAUCGUAGGCAUCAUCAUGGGUAUCGUUCUCAUCAUCAAGAGCAGGCAGAAGAAGGAAACCAGUUGCCGCCGGGACCGCCUAUAAAAAAGGGUCAGUCAAUGUGCCACAACCUGCCUGUGGAAUCUGCUCCUGUCCUUGUUCCAGCUUGCAUCAUUUACCAAUUCUGCUCCAUUCCUGGCAGUGCCUUUCCUCCCCAAACUGUUUAGGAAACUUGGCGCUUUCCAGAGAUGCUUCAGUUCCCAUCAGAGCUUGCGGAUCUGGCCUCUCCCACGAAUCCUAAGUUGCACAACUUGAAAUUGCUUGCAGGGCAGAUGGUGGUGCUUUUAGGGCAUCAAAUCCAGGGACAGCCAAGAAAGGGGUAUGUUGUCUGUGCCAACAACCACAGCACCCCACCCCACCCCCGCCAAGACUUAAGGGCUGCUAGUUCCAAAAUGGGUGCAGGGAGAUGCUGUCUGUGUCUUUCUGUGGGAGAGUUUGGUUCUCCUCCUUGGCUGAUUGAAGAUGCACCCUGCCUACCACUCAAGGGUUUUGUAGAGAGGCUACUGUGGUUCAUAGCAUUGUACCAGAUCAAGGAGGUAUCAAGAUCAAGUUGCUAGUGAGGAACGAGAGUGGAUUCUAAGGGUGCCACUUUUUUUAUAGGCCCUCCUUUGCCUUUAACAGCAUCCUGGGAGGCAGAAAUCAGCCAGGUGAAGCUUUUAUUGUAACGAAGAUAGUGAGGUAGAAAAAGCUUCAUCUGCUCCAUUUCUGUGUGCCUGUUAGAGGCCCAGGAAUAGGGGCCACUGGAAAAGGCAGGGACCUGGGAUCAGUCUCAGGAAGCCAUUCUCCAUGGUGGGGUCAUUGGGAUCCAUCCAAGUAACUGAGCAAAGCUGGGGAACCAACCAGGAAGGGUGAAGAUUUAGGUGCUCCCCAUGAAUCCAAAUCUGCCAAAACUUCCUCAAGGGCAGGGCUGCCCAACUCCAGCCCUCCAGCUGCUGUUGGACUACAACUCCCAUAAUCCCCAGUCACAGUGGCCAAUAGUCAAGGGUGAUGGGAAUUGUUGUUCAACAGUACAGCUGGCCUGCUCAAGGGGAAAUUGUGUGAGUCAAUCUCUGCUGUGCUGAUAGAGAGAUUUGGGGUUGAAUCCCUCUGGGCUGGGGGAGGGUGGAUUCUGCUAUGGAACAUGUGCCUUGCUGAGCCUGUGCAUUGCAGCCCCUGCCUCUCACUUCUACUGCUGCUACUACAAAAAGAAGAGCUCUGCUGGACCAGGCCGAUCAAGUCCAGCAUCCUGUUUCACACUGUGGCCCACCGGAUGCUGCUGAGAAGCCCACAGGCAAGAGGGGAGGGCAGGCCCUCUCUCCUGCUGGUGCUCUCCUGCAACUGGUGAAACUCCUAGACAUGAAACUCCCUGACCAAACCACAAAAGAUCGAAACAUGAUUUUUUCACAAGUAGAUCCCAGACCUUGCCCAGACUACAAAAGAAAAGGACAGGACAGGAAGAGGAAAGGGAAACGCCAGCAAAAUCCAUUAAGUUCCUGGAAAAUGCAGGCAAACUCUCCCAUUGGAAAGCAUGAGGAAUGAUACCUGUGACAGAAUGAGGCCUGGACCUCCUCUUUUUAAAUGUAAGAUUUCUGUAUUGCAAUUGCUUUGUUUACUCCCAGCGUUAAAAAGCUGUGCAGGCAGGAGCCUACCAAGGUUGGAGUGGGCCCGGAGACGAGAAUUUAAAAUGGGCCCCUCGCUGCCUUCCUCUCCUUCCCCUGGCCCCAUGACUCUGCUAACUAUCCCAACUACAGUUACAAGGUGUAAAUAGCAGCAGAACCAACUAAUACAACAGUAAUCAAUGAAGACCUUUAAUCAUUGCACAUAUCUCAACUCAAGCACCAGCUGUAUUAUAGUUAUACUAUAAGGGAGGGGGGAGCAGUUAUUGUUUGCAUGGCAAACAUGCCCCUAAAGCAUUGUCUGGUAAUUAAGCAAUAAAUGAAUAAGGCCAUUCUACUAUUUUCACUCCCCCCACCCACCAUAUAUACACCAGUCUGAGAUUAUACUUCAUGUACCCAAUGAUGUGGACUGUACUCCAUGAAAACUUGUGCUAUAAGCCAUGCGUUAGUCUUUAAGGUGUGUCACAAGACUCUUCAUUGUUUCUGGAGAAUAAAGAGAUUCUGGCAAAAAUCCUGAUUUCCAGGGUUUUUUUUAAAGCUG